AUGUGGGAUAUCAUGAAGAGGCUGAGGGGAGAGAGCUCUCUCCCAUGGAUGUGCAUUGGAGAUUUUAACGAGAUCCUUAGGCCGGACGAGCAACAUGGCCUUAAUGCACGUGAUAGUGCUCAAAUCGAGGCGUUCGGAGAAGCUGUCGAUGUUUGCGGACUUGCUGGCCUGGGUUACCGUGCUUUGGACUGGACGUGGGAAAAGAAGGUUGCCGGUGGACAUUUUGCCGAUAUUGAGCACCUCACAGCGGCAAAGUCAGAUCACUGCCCUAUACUCCUCGAUACCGAACUUGCUGACACUAGUGUUUGUGCGAAGCAAAAACAGUUCCGCUAUGAGUGUAUGUGGGGACGUGACUCAAGUUUUGGAGAUAUUCUUGCCGAUGCCUGGACCUCAGCGGGACCAGCCCAGACCGUGUCUGCUUUAUCAAGUAAGCUGGCCACUGUCACUGGUCGCUUACAACGUUGGGGCCGCACCACCUUUGGAGCGGUCCGAUCGGAACUGAGGUCUCUACGUCAACAGCUUCACUUGAUGCGCUCGCUCCCAAACCGAACAGGGUCGUCUGCCGAGGAGAACAGUAUAGAAGCUCGGAUGCUGGAGUUAUGCUUAAGAGAGGAGAUUAUGUGGCAUCAGCGGGCGCGCAUCCAAUGGCUUGCGGAAGGCGAUAGCAACACGAAGUUUUUCCACCAAAAAGCCAGCGCCCGUAAAGCAAAAAACCGUAUUGUUGAGCUGCAGCGUGGUGAUGGUUCAGUUUGCAAAGAGGAGCAUGAGAUGGCGGAUAUGGCAACAAAUUUCUACAGUAAUCUGUAUGCUUCCGAAAACACGGUUGGAAUUGAGGAGGUUCUAUCCCACAUACCAACCAGGGUCGAUGCCACAAUGAACACCACUCUUAAUGCACAAUAUAGCAAGGCUGAGAUAAAAACGGCUUUGUUCCAGAUGUUCCCCACAAAGGCUCCUGGGCCUGACGGCUUCGCGAUCGCAUCAAAGGUGUUGGCUAACCGGCUCAAGCUCAUUCUCCCCGACAUCAUCUCUGAGGAACAGUCGACAUUUUUACCAGGACGUCUCAUUACUGACAAUUUUAUCUCGGCAUAUGAAUGCCUGCACUACAUGAAGAGAAAGAAGCUGAAGGGCAACAGAUUUUGUGCUCUAAAACUUGACAUGAUGAAAGCAUACGAUAGACUUGAGUGGAACUAUCUGGAGAGAGUUAUGCUUAAGUUGGGAAUCAGCCCACGGUUUACAGAGAUAGUGAUGAGGUGUGUCACUUCUGUUUCGUUUUCGGUCAUCUUCAAUGGAGGGAAGCAGGAGGAGUUUAGGCCCUCCCGAGGCCUAAGACAGGGUGACCCGAUAUCGCCGUAUUUGUUUUUAUUAGCCGCUGAAGGCCUCUCCUGUUUGCUGAAAUCCACGCGGUCAAAUGAGAGGAUUCAGGGCAUUAUGGUGGCAGCUGGUGCCCCCCAGGGUGAGAAGUUGUCUGACAAGUACCUUGGCCUCCCUGCCGACGUGGGGAGAGUGAAGGAGGGUUCUUUCAAGUAUCUCAAAGACAGGAUUCGGAAGCAAGUCCAGGGCUGGAUGGAAAAGGCACUUUCAGUUGGAGGUAAGGAAGUGCUCAUUAAAUCGGUUGCUCAAGCAAUUCCCACGUAUUCCAUGGCAUGUUUCAAACUGCCACGGGGCUUGUGUCAGCAUAUCAAUGGUCUGUUGCGUAAAUUCUGGUGGGGAUCAAAGAACGGUGAGAGGAAGACCGCCUGGGUCUCCUGGGAAGUGAUGUCACAGCCCAAAUUCAUGGGAGGCAUGGGGUUUCGCGGUAUUGAGCUCUUUAACUUGGCCCUGCUUGCUAGACAAGCCUGGCGCCUUCUUCAGGAACCCAACUCUCUCAGUGCCAGGAUACUGAAGGUCGUCUACUACCCCACGUCCUCAAUUCUUGAAGCUGAGGUGGGCAAGAAUCCGUCACAGGUUUGGCAUUCAAUAGUCGAAGGGAGGGACACGCUUAAACUGGGGCUAGUAAAGCGGAUCGGCUCGGGCAAGGACACACAUAUCUGGCUCGACAACUGGAUUCCACGGGACUUCAAGCUUCAACCAGUAUGCCCAAAAUCCCCAAACCCUCCGCAAAAAGUUUCUGAGAUCAUUAAUCCGACUACCCUUACUUGGGACGGGGCUGCACUUGAGGAGCACUUCUAUGCGAUGGAAAAGGAAGCAAUCUUGAAUAUCCCUCUAAGCUCUAGGGUCCGAGAGGAUUUCUGGUCAUGGCAUUAUGAACGGAAGGGCAUUUUCACAGUACGGUCUGCGUACAGGCUUUUGUCAUCCACCAAGCAGCAAUGA